AUGGCCACCGAAGUAAGUUAUAUCUGCAAAAGAACUGUGGUGAGCACUAAACCAGUUCAACCAGGAAAGUACUCCCCUUUAUCAGUUUUGGAUCGUUACAUGGAGAACAACCACAUUAGGAUGGUGUUCUAUUACCAAACUUCAGGAGAGGUAGAACUUGGAGAAAUGACAAAGAAGUUGAGAGAGACCUUGUCAGAGAUGCUUACCCAUUUCCCCAUAGUGACUGGUCGGUUGAUAAGAGACGACAAAGGGCAUUGGAAAAUCAAGUGCAAUGAUGCUGGUGUUAGAAUGAUGGAGGCAAAAGCCAAAGGGAGUGUGGAGGGUUGGCUAACAAGUGUGCAUAGGGAAAAGGAACUCAAGCUUGUUUAUUGGGAGGACAUGCUUCCCAAUCCUUAUUAUUGGUCAACUUUUUAUGUCCAGCUUACUGAAUUUGAAGAAGGUGGAUUGGCAAUUGGCUUAAGUUGUGCUCAUCUCUUGGCAGAUUCCAUUUGUGCCACAAAUUUCAUCAAGGCCUGGGCUGAUAUUUCAUUGGGCAACAAAAUGAUUGUUCCUCCAAUAUUCCACCCUUUACCUCCUCGAAGACUAGGAAACACAAAGCCCAAUCAUCACCCAUAUAUGGAGUUAAUACAUCACUAUAAAUCAAAAAUUGAGAAACCCAUUUCCAUCAAGGAAGCAAAGUACGCUACCAUUUCACUGGGCUUCUCAGACACCAUGGUUCAGGAUUGCAUGUCCAUGGCUGCCCAACCUACUGGUUCAUUCAGCCCAACACCCUUUGAGGCAUUGGCAGGGUUGUUUUGGGUCACUUUAAGCAAGGUCAAGGGAUUGAGAAAUGGACUUGUUGACAUGUCUAUAUGUCUUGAUGUGAGGAAAGUCUUGGGCCUAGAUUAUGGGUUCUUUGGAAACUGUAUGUUAUAUAAUGAGGUGCAUGCAGAAGGGAAUAUAGGAGAGAACAAACUUCCACAAGCUGCUAGGGCCAUAAGAGAUGUUGUGGAUAAAAUGGACGUGGAGGGAAUAAUGGAUCUAAUUGAGUGGUUUGAACAUAAUGAUAUAAACUCGCCUGCAAUGAUGAACGGUAAUGAUUUGGUCUUUACUAGCUUAGAGGGUGUGGACCCUUAUUUAGCUUUAUUUCAAGAUUGGUUCAAACCCAUUCGUGUUUCAUAUUACAUAGAGCCAGUUUUGGGAGAAGGGCAGUUCUUGAUUCUGCCAGCACCUCCAGGGGAGGGCCCCUUAAGUAGGGUUGUUAUGGUGACGCUUCGGGAGGAGGAGGCCAUAAAGCUUCGUGAAGAUGAUCUAAUUUCACAAUUCUCACCAACUAUUCUAAUGAAAUGCCAAUAA